GAGGCGGCGGCGGAGGCGGCAGGAAGCCGGGGCUGGUCCCCGUGGGCGUGCGGCCUCCCCCGCGACCCGUCCGCCCAGAGACCCCCGAACCCAGCCAUGGACGCGGCCGAGCCAGCUCCUGAGAGCAGAAAGAGGUACAGUGACAUCUUCCGGAGCCUGGACAACCUCGAGAUCUCCCUGGGGAACGUAACCUUUGACAUGCUGGGUGGAGAUGCUGUCCUCCCGGAAAACUUGGAGCCUGCCAAGAUUGCCACGGCCGCUGAGACCAGUGAAUCCAGCUGUAAGAGCGGCUCCUCCUGGGACAGUCCUGUACCCCUCACAGGAGAGGAACUGGACCUGAGACUCAUCCGGACCAAGGGGGGUGUUGAUGCCGCCCUGGACUAUGCCAAGACCUGGAGCCGCUACGCCAAGGAGCUGCUGGCCUGGACCGAGAAGAGAGCCAGCUACGAACUGGAGUUUGCCAAAAGCAUCAUGAAGAUCGGGGAAGCUGGCAAAGUAUCCAUCCGCCAGCAGAGCCACAUGCCGCUGCAGUACAUAUACACCCUGUUUCUGGAACAUGACCUCAACCUGGGAGCCCUGGCCCUGGAGACCCUGGCCCAGCAGAAAAGAGAUUACUACCAGCCCCUGGCCGCCAAACGCACAGAGAUUGAGAAAUGGCGGAAGGAGUUCAAGGAGCAGUGGCUGAGGGAGCAGAAGCGGAUGAACGAGGCUGUGCAGGCGCUGCGCCGGGCCCAGCUCCAGUACCUGCAGCGCAGCGAGGAGCUGUGGGCGCGCUCGCUGGGCUCCCCGGAGGACCCGGGGCCCCAGGCCUCGCCCGCGCCCAGCUGCGGACGGUCCUCACCGGCCUGUCCCCACCCAGGGACGCCCGGCCCCGCGCCCGGCGGGGAUGCCGACAGCCUCGGGGGCAGCAGCGAGUCUCGAUCCCUGGACUCUCCCACGUCCAGUCCAGGCUCUGGCUCACGGCGGCUGAUGAAGGCCGCGUCCACGGGCACCGAGUCCUCGGAUGACUUUGAGGAGCGUGAUCCCGAUCUGGGAGAUGGGGCGGAGAACGGGCUGAGCAGCCCCUUCAGGAAGGGGUCGCUGUCCCCCGCGGCGCAGACCCACCGGCUCCGCCGGCUGCGGGGCCCUGCCAAGUGCCGAGAGUGCGACGCCUUCAUGGUCAGCGGGGCCGAGUGCGAGGAGUGCUUCCUGACCUGCCACAAGCGCUGUCUGGAGACUCUGCUGAUCCUGUGCGGGCACCGGCGGCUCCCGGGGCGGACGGCCCUGUUUGGGGUGGACUUCAUGCAGCUCCCCCGGGACUUCCCCGAGGAGGUGCCCUUUGUGAUCUCCAAGUGCACGGCCGAGAUCGAGCACCGCGCCCUGAGUGUGCAGGGCAUCUACCGGGUCAGCGGAUCCCGGGUCCGUGUGGAGCGGCUGUGUCAGGCCUUUGAGAAUGGCCGAGCCCUGGUAGAACUUUCUGGAAACUCACCUCAUGACAUCACAAGUGUCCUCAAGAGGUUCCUCCAGGAGCUCACCGACCCCGUGGUCCCCUUCAACUUGUACAACAAGUUCAUCUCUGUGGCUAAGACCCUGCGCACGGACCCCGGGGGCGCCCCCAGCCCCAGCCCCAGCCCCGAGCUGAUCCACGAGCUCAAGAGCCUCCUGGUGAAGCUGCCCAACUCCAACUACAACACCCUACGCCACCUGGUGGCGCACCUGUUCAGGGUGGCCACACAGUUUGAGGAAAACAAGAUGUCUGCCAACAACUUGGGCAUUGUGUUUGGGCCAACGCUGCUGCGGCCACCAGGUGCCCCGAGAGCCCUGGGCGCCAGCUCCGUCGCCAGCUCCGUCGCCAGCUCUGUCGCCAGCUCCGUCGCCUGCCUGCUGGACUCCACGCACCAGGCCCAGGUGGUGGAGUUCCUCAUCGCCAACUAUGAGCAGAUCUUCGGGAUGGACGAGCUGCCCCUUAUCACCGAGCCACUGCCCCAGGACCCCAGCCCCGCCCUGGAACCCCCCACGACCACCCCCCAGCCUCGGCCCCCAGCCACAGCCUCGGAAGCCAGCCCAGACCCCACGCCCCACGGUGCCCUGGAGGCGGCCAUGCACCCCCAGAACCCAACUCCGCAGAAUGACCUAAGAGAGGAAGAAGGUGAAGACACCCAAGAUAGAGGAGGGGAAGUGUCUAGCCCAGGCUCUGAGGACCCCAUCCUGGGGACGCAGCCCCGCGGCCAUUUCAGCCGGCAGCCGGUGAAGUACCCGCGGGGGGCCAUGCACCCCGUCACUCAGCAGCUGUCCAGUUUGGCCCUGGUGGCCUCCACGCUGCCUGAGGACAGCCCCCCAGGGAGCUCGAAGGGAGGGGGGCCUGGCCCUGCUGCAGCUGCCCCCGAGGGGACCCCCCUGCGCCGCACCCCACUGCCCAAGCACUUCGAGAUCACGCAGGAGACCGCCCGGCUCCUCUCCAAGCUGGACAGCGAGACUGUGUCCCUGGCCCCUGGCAGCCCCAACGCCCCAGCUCAGGAGGAGGAGGACCGCUUCUGAACCCACCCCCAGCUCCUGGCUCGACCCGACGUCCAAAGGGCCCAAGGCCCCAGACACUCAGGGGAGAUGUCCCAGGAUCCCCCCUACCGGACACUGUGGUCUCAAGUGUCUGGACCACUCGGGUCAGAGGUCACUCAGGGUCAAUACAGGUCAGGAGGCGCAGGGGUCCACCCCGGUCUCUGACCUCUGGAACUUCAGUGCUGCUUUGACUGCAACCCCCACCCCUACCCCCGACUCCACACCCUGGCGGUGCCUGGGGUCCUGUGACCUCUGAAUAAACGUUUUCUAGUA